CGAAGAAACGGACGCACACCCAUCGGAGUACGCGAUCCGAGGAAGAAGGUGGGACGUGGAGCUGUUGGAUUUUCGUUCUAGCAACGGCAAAGAAACCGUAGUGUGUGCAAUUAUGCCGUAGCCCUGUUAAUCAGCGUGCAUCAAAAUUAGCCCAGUUAUCGUACAACGACCGUUCUCUGGCGGUAUAGUCUUCGCGAAACAAAUACCGCAUCCACGACAAAUUUAAGGUGAGCGCCGAUUUUGCCCUUAAAACUUCUCCGUAUCGACGGAGGAGAAAAAAACCAUGGAGAAGAGGAGGAGCAUGGUGGCAUUGCUUGGACUGAUUCUGUUCCUCAAGUCGUCGGAUGUCGAGAGCGGCGGCGACGGAAACUCGUAUCCGCGAUACUCUCAUCAUAGACAGAAGAGGCUCUUUUGGAUAACCAACGACGGCCGGAUAGCUCUGCCGCCAGGCACGAUAAUGACGAUAACACCGACGUUGGCGUUACCGUUCGUUAGAUACCCACCUCAUGGUUUUCUCAGCAACAUGACCAUCAGCCUCCCCUUUACCAUUGACUUCGACAAGCUUGGUCUCACCGACAAUGAAAACCCUUACGGCGUUUUGCCAUCGGCAUUUGAUGCUACCGCGAGGGACCAAGGCUCGACCACGGCAGAGUUUAUCGCGUCCUUCGUGAAGCGCGGACUUAGCAAGAGAGAAGCGAUCGAGGAUGCGCCGAAGAACGCGUUUUACGGUGGCGAAAGGGCGCUUUUGUACGGCACCGCCGAGGAUAUGCUUGCCAAUUUCGGUUUGAACGGAAAGGCGUGUCUAUUAAGAGCGAUCUGCGAAGUUCAAGGACACCCUUUGAGCAAUUUCGGUCUGAUCGGAGAAAUGCUCAAGCUUUUUUUCACCGCUAGUAAAUCACCGUUUUCGAACCUCCUAAAGGACUACGUCGAAGCUGAGAACAGAGGAAAGUUUCAUGGAGAAUGUUGGCCAUACUUCAAAGAUUGUCCAAAAUCAUUGUUUCGUUCAUCCGAGAACAGAUACACGAAGGACUCUUUUCACGAGAAUACCGUGGCUGGCGAAACAGUCGAGACAGUUCAGCGUUCUUUUUCGGCCGAAUCUACCGAACGAACACGGGACGAAACUGAAUUUUCUCAAAAUACGAAACGCACGAUGCACCCUUCGAUGUAGGUCUAAUUGUACCAUUUGCUCGAAACUAUGCCAACCAUUCGCAAGUCGAAAAGAAAAUAUUUUAACCGGCCAGCUCGCGCUUCCGAUUCCUUUCAAAAUUUAUUUGCGCGGCUUCGAAACAUAUUCAAUUGUUAAUGUUUACCCGUUAUCCUUUGAAUUUAAAAACAAAGUGGAAAGAAACUGCGCAUUCGACUUGAUAGGAAACCAAAUACGCGUUUUACGCUUUAACGGCCUGUUCUGGCCUACGUUGCGCGCAAAUAUGCGCCCGACU